GGUCGGUCAUUGUUCAGCGUGAGCUAGCAAAUAUGCUAAAGGAUAACUAAGAACACAAACCGGUUUUAACUUUUUUUGCAUGCAUAUAAGGCCGUUUUAAUCACCAAAGGACACUUGAGACCUUUUCAAAUCCACAAUGAGCAAGAGGAAAGCACCGCAGGAGUCCCUAAAUGAGGGAAUUACAGACUUUCUUGUGGAACUGGCCAAUUACGAGAAAAAUGUCAACAGGGCUAUACACAAGUACAAUGCAUACAGGAAAGCAGCAUCUACCAUUGCCAAGUACCCAAACAAGAUCAAAAGUGGUGAAGAGGCCAAGAAGCUGGAUGGUGUUGGAGCUAAAAUAGCAGAAAAGAUUGAUGAGUUCCUUCAAACUGGCAAACUUCGGAAACUGGAAAAGAUCCGAAGUGAUGACACCAGUUCUUCCAUCAAUUUCCUCACCAGAGUUACUGGAAUUGGCCCCGCUGCUGCCAGAAAGUUUUUUGAAGAAGGUGUGAAGACAUUAGAAGAUUUGAAAAAGAUCGAGCACAAGCUAAACCAUCAUCAACAGAUUGGUCUCAAAUACUUUGAGGAGUUUGAAAAGAGGAUUCCACGUGCGGAAAUGGAAAAGAUGGAGAUGCUGAUUCUUGGAGAGUUGGAGAAAAUUGAUACAGAAUAUAUUGGAACCAUCUGUGGAAGUUACAGAAGAGGUGCUGCAUCGAGUGGUGAUAUUGAUAUUUUGCUGACCCACCCAAAGUAUACUUCUCAGACUGAGAAACAGCCCAAGCUCCUCCACGCCGUGGUCGACCAUUUGGAGUCCAUUGGGUUCGUGACCGACACUCUGUCCAAAGGAGACACCAAGUUCAUGGGAGUCUGCCAGCUGCAGCAGAGUGAUGAAGAUGAGGAAGAAUACCCUCACAGGCGUAUUGAUAUUAGGUUAAUUCCCAAGGACCAGUACUACUGUGGAGUUCUGUAUUUCACUGGAAGUGAUAUCUUCAAUAAAAAUAUGAGAACCCAUGCUCUGGAGAAGGGCUUCACUCUUAAUGAGUACACCAUACGACCACUCGGGGUCACUGGUGUGGCAGGAGAGCCACUGUUGGUGGAUAGUGAGAGGGACAUCUUUGAAUACAUCCAGUACAAAUAUAGAGAGCCAAAGGAUCGCAGCGAGUGAAGUUACAGAUACAGCUUCCCCUGUAAACAAGUUCAGAAGCAUGUGUACAAAUGUGUUUGUGUGUUAGUCUUUCAGCUAUGUUACUGAAAAGAAAACAACUGUGAAAGACUUUUUAAUUAUUUGUUUUUGACAUUUUUUACUGUCUUAAAUUGAAAUUAUACACACAUACUCUGCCCAACAAAAUUGUUAUUUUGUUUUCACCCUAGUAUAAGUCAUCAUGGUUGCGUAUGAAGCCUUAUGAGUUUAAUUUUUAAUCAAGUUUUUAAAUCAUGCUCAACAGUAAUUUAUUUUAUUUUCUUAUUUUUUUUUUACCACAAUUAGGUAGCUUUACUUUUUGAUAUUCCAGAUUAUAACAUAACCUGUGAGCAGUGGUCUUAAUGUGGAUUGGCUUCUGUUUCAGUUGUUAUUCAUCCAUCAUGGAUAAUGUGAACCACUAUCAUCACCACUGUCAUGCCAGUUGUGCCCUUUAGUACUUUGCUUGAGUUAUGCAUCUAUUUUAAUAUGUAGUUGUUACACAUGCAAACAAGACAGCAUUGUCAUGGAAAUUUGAGUGUGUGUUUUUAAGCUUUUAGUACUGAAAUUCCAAUUUGGGUGAACCUAUAAUGAUGAAAGUUGACAUACAAUGAUGCAAACAAUAUUUGUGGUUAAUUGGCUCAGUUUUUGGUUAUAAGCUCUAAUUUUGGACACAUGAGAAUAUAGAUUUUUCUCAGUUUUUGAUGAUGCAUGAAUAUGACUGUUACACUGAAAGAGUAGUUGUGUGGAUUACAUGGAGGGAUUACCUUUGCGUAAAUCAGGGAAUUAUUGUAUCUUCAGUUUUCAGGGGGGCUUUAGAAAGCAGUGGAUAAAAAUAAUAAAGCUAACCAGGUGACGACAAAACCAGGUGGAUGAAAUCAGUGUAUCCUGUAAUACAAAAUGUCAUCUGUAACUGGAACAUGAAUGUUAGGAAUAGGUUUUAAGUCAGUUUUGUAUGUGGAUGAUUGGAAAUAGUUCAGAAAAUAUUUAAGGAAAAAACGAUGUGAGUGAGUAAAAUAAAGGUGUGAAAAAGA